ACCGGUACCUGUGAUUAGCUACGCCUCGGCGAGCGUCCGCUGGUGAUUGUUUCCGGUUGGUCAGAGCGCACGGCGGCCUGGACCAUCGGCAUGACUUACAUCCCGAAUUGGGACGAGUUCGUCCGGGCGGCUGAGAAACUCUGUCUGACCGAGGGCAUGAAGGUGCGAGUGGUUAUCAAAUAUCGACACUGUGCUGGCCUCCUGUCCAUGAAGGUGACUGACGACGUGGUGUGCCUCCAGUACAAGACAGACCAAGCUCAAGAUGUCAAGAAGUUUGAGAAGUUCCAGAACCAGUUGAUGCGUGUGAUGGUCUCACGGGAAUGUCGCAGCAGUCUGCUGGAGAUGGAGUAAAGUUGGCGAUGUGCUGCCAGACCCUCGAUCGGCGGGGACAGCAAAGAGUUUUCUUGGAGAGAGGAGGUUGGGGCAUGUGGGCUGCUGGAUGGGGGUGGUUUGAGGCUGUGGCGGGGCAGAGUUGGAGAUGCACCUUCCAUGGGAGGAGGUUCUGUUUCCUGGCACAGGGAAUGUCCUCUUGGUGUCUCAGCGGACUGGCCUGAGGCAGUCAUGACCUCCCCCACUGCACGGUUGCAUCGUGUUUGUAGUCACCAUCACUCCUCCUUGAAUAAUCUGCAGGUUCUGUUACUGUGGGGAAGCUGCCAUUGAGUACAGAGCUCAGACAGUUUACUGAAAUAAAUUAUCCUUGGUUGAA